UCUGCGAAGAAACCAUGGCGACAGAAUCUCCGCGCCGCCCUAGUCGAUGUACUGGAGGGGUGGUGGUUCGGCCACAAGCUGUCACGGAGCAGUCGUACAUGGAAAGUGUUGUUACGUUUCUUCAAGAUGUUGUGCCACAGGCCUACAGUGGCACCCCACCAGCAGAAGAAAAGGAGAAGAUCAUUUGGGUCAGAUUUGAAAACGCAGAUUUAAAUGAUACAUCGAGGAAUAUGGAGUUUCAUGAAAUACACAGCACUGGGAAUGAACCACCCCUACUGCUGAUGAUCGGAUACAGCGAUGGAAUGCAAGUCUGGAGCAUACCUAUCAGUGGUGAAGCUCAGGAACUCUUUUCUGUCCGCCACGGUCCAGUUCGAGCUGCACGGAUUUUACCAGCUCCACAAAUCAGUGCUCAGAAAUGUGAUAAUUUUUCUGAGAAGCGGCCUCUUCUUGGUGUGUGCAAAAGCAUUGGAUCUUCUGGCACAAGCCCACCUUACUGCUGUGUGGACCUUUAUUCUUUGCGAACAGGAGAGAUGGUCAAGUCCAUACAGUUCAAAACUCCUAUUUAUGAUCUGCAUUGCAAUAAAAGGAUACUUGUUGUUGUCCUGCAGGAGAAAAUUGCCGCCUUUGACAGCUGUACUUUCACCAAAAAAUUCUUCGUUACAAGCUGCUAUCCUUGUCCAGGGCCAAACAUGAAUCCUAUUGCUCUCGGAAGUCGUUGGCUUGCUUAUGCAGAAAAUAAGCUGAUCCGAUGCCAUCAAUCCCGUGGUGGAGCCUGUGGAGACAACAUUCAGUCUUACACUGCCACAGUCAUUAGUGCUGCCAAAACGAUAAAGACUGGACUUACAAUGGUUGGGAAAGUAGUUACACAGCUGACAGGAACUCUGCCUUCAGGAGCAACCGAAGAAGAAAUUUUAGCUCAUAGCAACAUUCGUCGAAGUCCUCUGGUGCCUGGAAUCAUCACUAUCAUUGAUACAGACACAGUUGCAGAAGGACAGGUGCUCGUCAGUGAGGACUCCGAUAGCGAUGGCAUUGUGGCCCACUUCCCUGCCCAUGAAAAGCCUAUUUGCUGCAUGGCUUUUAACCCUAGUGGGAUGUUGCUGGUCACUACUGACACAUUAGGCCAUGAUUUCCAUGUUUUUCAAAUACUGACACAUCCUUGGUCAUCAUCACAAAGUGCCGUCCAUCAUUUGUAUACACUUCACAGGGGAGAGACUGAAGCCAAAGUACAGGAUAUCUCCUUCAGCCACGACUGUCGCUGGGUUGUGGUCAGCACGCUGCGUGGCACGUCCCACGUUUUUCCCAUCAAUCCUUACGGCGGGCAGCCCUGUGUCCGGACACACAUGUCACCCCGCGUGGUGAAUCGCAUGAGCCGGUUCCAGAAGAGUGCAGGCUUGGAAGAGAUCGAGCAAGAGCUCACAUCUAAGCAAGGAGGACGCUGUAGCCCUGUUCCAGGCCUGUCGAGCAGCCCCUCCGGCUCACCGCUCCAUGGUAAAUUGAACAGCCAAGACACUUACAAUAACUUCACAAACAAUAAUCCUGGGAACCCUCGACUCCUGCCUCUUCCGAGUUUGACUGUGGUGUUGCCUCUUGCUCAAAUCAAACAGCCAAUGACAUUAGGGACCAUCACCAAACGCACAGGACCUUACCUGUUUGGAGCAGGAUGUUUUUCCAUAAAAGCUCCAUGCAAAUCCAAACCAGCUCCACAGAUUUCACCCAGUAAGUCUGUGGGAGGAGAGUUUUGUGUUGCCGCAGUCUUUGGAUCAUCACGGUCAUGGUUUGCAAACAAUCCUGGUCUGAAAAGAGAAAAAGAUCAAUCAAAACAGUUUGUAGUGGAGUCGUUGUACAUUAUCAGUUGUUAUGGUAGCCUGGUGGAGCACGUACUGGAACCGCGUCCGCUCAGCACUGCGCCGAAGAUCAGCGAUGACACACCUCUGGAAAUGAUGACGUGCCCAAGAGCCAGCUGGACGUUGGUUAGAACUCCUCAGUGGAAUGAACUCCAACCACCAUUUAACGCAAACCAUCCACUGCUCCUGGCUGCAGAUGCUGUGCAGUACUACCAGUAUCUUCUUGCUGGCUUGGUUCCACCAGGGAGCCCUGGCCCGAUCACUCGACACGAGUCGUACGACAGCCUAGCAUCUGACCACAGCGGGCAGGAGGACGAAGAGUGGCUGUCCCAGGUCGAAAUAGUGACUCACACUGGGCCUCAUCGACGCCUCUGGAUGGGCCCACAGUUCCAGUUCAAAACAAUCCAUCCUUCAGGGCAAACUACUGUCAUUUCAUCCAGUUCCUCCGUGCUGCAGUCGCAUGGUCCGAGCGACACCCCACAGCCUCUUCUGGACUUCGAUACAGAUGAUCUUGAUCUCAACAGUCUCAGGAUUCAGCCUGUUCGCUCAGAACCCGUCAGCAUGCCGGGGUCAUCGCGUCCCGUUUCUGAUCGCAGAGGAGUUUCAACAGUGAUUGAUGCGACCUCAGGUGCCUUCGACCGGAGCGUGACCUUGCUGGAGGUGUGUGGGAGCUGGCCCGAGAACUUCGGCCUCCGUCACAUGUCUUCCAUGGAGCACACUGAAGAGGGCCUUCGGGAGCGCCUGGCCGACGCGAUGUGCGAGUCUCCCAGCAGGGACAUAGUGGGAUCAGGAACAGACACAGCCGGUGAAGUAGCAGUAAAAAACAUCACCACAAAGAGGCACAUGGCUUUGAAAUGUUUUGAGCUUCAGCGAGAGGGAAGCAUAGAGACGCUCAGUAACAGCUCCGGUUCCACCAGCGGCAGCAUCCCACGCAACUUCGAUGGCUACAGAUCGCCCCUCCCGACUAACGAAAACCAGCCCCUCAGCCUUUUCCCCACGGGAUUCCCUUAAAUUAACCGAACAUCCGAGGGGAGACCCAGACAGGGUGACGAGCCGCCUCUCCGCCUGAACAAUCCCGAUGUGUCUGUCACCUGCCGGCUCACCGCUGCGCUGGAUGCUUCUCGUUACCCUGAUAAAUAUUGACGACUCUUAAACCUUCCUGAAACAUACUCACGAAAUCUUGACUUUGUUUUCCUGUGCAAUAUGAAAAGACUCCGUCUUCAAUCCUGAUAGCUCUGCGGCUUCUUUUUUUGCUGUGUUCAGGAAGAGUUGGUUGAGGAGAAAUAUUUCUAAGCCAUUUUUGGUCAAGCACAUGGUUUCGGAACCGUUCUCUGCUUUUUUGUGUUGGGAGAUGAAUCUCCAAAACUCAGAGGAGCUGUCGCCAUUUGCAAAAGUGCCGAGCAUUAACGAAUGAACUGGAGAGAGUGAAAACUGGAGAACUUUCUGUGGACAGGGUUGAUAAUGUUAUUCCUUCCUCGUUGCGUCUCCUUGCUGCCCUCCUUCCCCACUGAUACUCGUCAAUGCCAGGAGUAUUACAAAUGGAAAUGUUUCUUUUUGUUCUUUGGAAGAAUUCUCUCUCUCGCUCCGGUUUUCUUCUUAGUCAUGUAUUUUAGAAACGUACUUAAUUGACUAACUGCAGUCACAAAUUUCUCAUAUUUGGUUAUAAAAGUUGUUCGCUGGAACUCAGAUAUCUGUCCAGAAUGCAUGUGUCAUUGAAUAAAUCUAAGUUAAAACAAGAAACUGCUUAAAUGGCAAUGUUCAUGGAGUGUUACUGGGCUGGCUGUGGGCUUCCUAUAUCUUCCUGGACCAGACGAUGUGCAUAUUUACUAACUGGAGGGCUUUAAUUAAAGCCAUCAGGGGAUGUUAUGCAGCCAGUCUAGCUUGGUUUGGCCUCCCCGCUUUGUCAUCCCCAUGUGCAAGGGCAAGACGGUUAAAAAUGGGAGACUUAGGUGGUGCGCCUUGCACCUACUCGGCGCUUCUGGAAACAAACACCCAUCUCUGUUGGGGUGUCUGAGCCCAGCUCCGGCUCCUUGGGUCGGUUGGGGCCCUGUUGUUCCCCCCGCUGAUUUUGGUGGGAUGAGGACCGGGCAGCAGAGACCCCCACCCACGUCUGUUGUGUUACAGGAUCACGUACAAGGGGCUUUGCAGAUCCCCUCUAGCAGCCUGAGCCUAUACGUCCCACUGAACGUGCGCAGUCAAAACUAGCACCGCAUAACUCUGCUGAUAAAAGUCAUGGGCUCACACAUAGUAACCACAUGAAUUCCUAUAUCUCAGCCAACUUGUGUCGAGAAGCAGAGAGUGAGAGGGGACUGUCAGCUUAUGAAAUUUCCUUCCCGCUACUUGUUUUUAAUAGAAGCCGUUUGAGUCAUGGCAAUGAGAGGAAACUAUCUAAACCCACAAAUCUUUUCGCACUCUUACAGCUUAAACCAGCCACACUGAGUGAUGCAGAACUGACCACCCUCUUCCUACUCCAUCCCCAAACCCCAAAUACCAAAUUCAGUCUUGGACUUGAUCUUUUUUUUUUUAACUGUAACGCCACGACUCCGAUCUCAGCAGCUUUUUUUUUUUUUUUUCCUCUCUCUUCAGGCUUGGAAACCACUAAUAAAAACUGAGAGUCUGCAGCAAUAAUUUCAGCUUCUUGCUUGGUUUUCAGUCAGUCCUUUCUCGAGAAAAAAAAAAAAAAAAAAACCAACUUGGGAUGAAAUCAGAGGAGAGUUCGCCCGUAAGUAAGUACUUGCAGCUCCGUCCCGCUGGCUAUAUCUGCUGUAAUGCUAUGUUUCUUUUAUGUCUGUAAAAUAAUGGCUUGUAGUAAGGGGCUGAGGGUAGGGCUGGCACCGCGGACAAAUGGGACCACAGGGUCAAGUCAGUCCACACCAGUCAGGAUUUUUUAACACAGUUCAAGCCAAGGUCAGCUUCAAAAGUUCAAACAAAAUCCAGAUUAACACAUACAGAAGGGAUUGUGUUGUCACCGUGAUGCUUGUUUCCUUUCAGGCUUUCCAAGGAGCAGCUGUAAGGGACAAAGAUCUUGCAAAGGCAGGCGACUGCUCUUCUCCCCCCUGCCUUGGACAGCUUGGUUGCUGGUUCUUUCUGAACACACAAAGUAGGAUAGUGCAUAACGCAGAGUGGUGUCAUUGGAAAUGUAUUUGUUGUUGGCAGGCAUUAAAUCACUUUUUAUAAGUGCUGCAAUACGGCCAUGUGGAAAUUCCCAGUCUGCAAGAAGCUCCUUUGAAUCAGGAUGUUUUGUUUAAAGGGGAGGGGGGGGAGAAAAACCCUACAAACUGGGGCUGUACCAAAAUAUUUUCAGUCUGGUUCAUUGAAAAGAAUGUCCUAAAUUCCCCACUGUUGAUAGCCCCGUAGCCAAACUGUUAAGAAAGCCUAGAGCUUAAAACAAUUAAAAAAAAAAAAAGUGCACUGCUAUGAGGUGGCUAAUUUAACUUUAAUUUGAUACUUUCACAGAUGACCCAGCAGAAUAACCACCGAGUUCCAGCUCUUCAGUGAGCCAGUGAAAGCCAAGUGUGUUGCAAUGAGAACUCUGUAGGGUCUGAUUCCACGAUAAAUCUGUAGGGUCUGAUUCAACAAUAGCUCUAUAGGGUCUUGAUUCAACAUGUGCCUCUCGCACAGCACACGCCUGCUCCCACCAAUGGCCCCUGCUUUUAGCCUCCACACAAAACCCCUCAUUUCAACUGGGUGCCACGUGCUUUCCUGCAACACCACCUUUCCUCCACCUUAACCUCUUUUCAGGCACCAAGCGAGAAUAUUGCUGCUCGCUGAUGGUGUCUAGAAGAUGCUCCGAAGGGACGUUUGCCCCUGACCUUUAUGCGACCAGGUUUUCAAUCUAGGGACCUGAUCCAAACCCCACUUAAAGCAAAAAUAGCCAGAGGCUCAUGGUCUUUGUAAGGAUUUCGGACAAGCGUCUCCUGUUGUUGUGGAAAUAAUCCAGGUGAGUUAUUGAAACGAGGGAUUUUUCAAACACAGCAGCUAGCAGGCGGUCGCAGGCAGCCCGGCAAGAAUGUUGUGCCAUGAUAUAAACCACUGGCUCAAAAAGAGCCCAAAAGACAUGCAGGACUUGCAGGUUUUUAAACUGUUUCCAGUAGUAGUAAGCAGCAGCCUCCUGCUGAGUUCAAAAGGCAAAACGUCUCAUUUAAAGCGGGGCAGACUGUAUAUCACUCUGCGCAUAAAGUGGAGCUCUUCUAUUAAAAGUUGAGUUCAGAUUUCAUGAAUUAACAUGAAAUACUGCUUUCUUAUCCUACCCUGGUUUCUGUAAUAAACACACGCGUGUACCGUGCUUAAAGUAUGGGAGGGGAAUGUUUUGCUGUUUGAAAAGAAGUGGAAAGUCAAAGGUUGUCUAAAUGUGACAGCCUGAAGUUCAAAUGAAAUCAAAUCUGAGAGCCAGUCCAGGGCCUGGGCAUAGCCAGAGCACGUGGGGCUCGGGCUUCGUUUGCUUUGCCGGCAAAGCUCGGCCCUGAGGAGCCCCGAGGGAGCGUGG